UCCUCGGCGUUGAGCUGUCUCUGUCUAUGGGGCUGGAGGUCUCUGUGCUGUGUCUGUCUACGGGGCUGGACGUCUCUGUGCUGUGUCUGUCUAUGGGGCUGGACGUCUCUGUGCUGCCGCUGUCUAUGGGGCUGGACGUCUCUGCGCUGUCUCUGUGCAGUCACUGCGUGCUCUGCUGUCCAUGCUGCUGAACGCAUCCUGCCGCCCUCCUGCGUUCUAACCCUCUGAAACACCGCAAUCCACUGCACGGGCUGUCAGUCCAGGCUGCUUCUAGCACUGAGGUGCCGCAGAGACAUCUGUAUCUGCUGCCGGUGCCGAGGAUUCCUGAGCGCUGCUCCGUCCAUGAAGCUGCCCGGACCUCCCGGAGAUGCUGAGGACUGAUCGCUCCUCUAUAUGGGAUUUAAAGGAGGGAAAAGUUCUGUGUUUGCCUCCACGCCUGCCCUUCUGCCUGGUGUGCACUUGUGUCUGUAGGCGGCUACUAAAGCAACAAAUUGCCUUGGAGCUGAAGGUAUCUGGGCAGGAGCCGAGACCCUUGAUGUUGGUGCUGGUGAAGCCUUAAUGCACAUAGGCAGACCACCUCCUCAGCUGUGAGGGGACCCCAUCCAGCCGGGAUACAUCCCACCCAGAACAGCUUCAUCAGGCUAGGGAGACAUCAUGAAAGCUCUGCUCCCAUCUGGAUAUAUGGAUCGGUGUAUUUCUGGUUUUGGGGUGCCUGAUGUUUAGCUGGGAAUCCUCUUGACCGUUGUCCAUCCUGUAUCAUGGUAGGAAAUCUGGAGGGACUCUUUAUUUUCUCCCCCUAAUGGGUCUUCUGGCACCGAGGAUGGGCUAACCACAGACUCCUAAACCUUUUGGCUUUUAAAUUGUCCCGCUGAUCCUCAAAGGAUUAACCCUUCAGACCUCAUGGCAGCAACCUGAUCCAGUUCCUGGUGGAGUGGCACAUAAUUAGGCUGACAUUGGGGGAUGGCUCUGCAUAUCUCUGCAGUCUCCAUGAUUUUCUUUGCAAUCAUGGCUUCAGCAUCAUCAGCUUCAAUCAACCAAGAAGACUACCCUGCCGAUGAAGGAGAACAGGCCUCCAGUAACGACAACUUAAUAUUUGAUGACUACAGGGGUAAAGGCUGUGUGGACGACAGUGGUUUUGUGUAUAAACUGGGAGAGAGAUUUUUCCCAGGUCACUCUAACUGCCCUUGUGUGUGUACAGAAGAUGGACCUGUUUGUGAUCAGCCGGAAUGCCCUAAAAUUCACCCGAAAUGCACUAAAGUGGAACAUAAUGGAUGUUGUCCAGAGUGUAAGGAGGUGAAAAACUUUUGUGAAUAUCAUGGAAAGACUUACAAAAUCCUGGAGGAGUUUAAGCCUUCUCCGUGUGAAUGGUGCCGGUGUGAACCCAGCAAUGAAGUCCACUGUGUUGUAGCAGAUUGUGCUGUACCGGAAUGUGUAAAUCCUGUGUAUGAACCUGAGCAGUGCUGCCCUGUCUGCAAGAACGGACCUAACUGCUUUGCAGGCACCACUAUAAUCCCAGCAGGGAUUGAAGUCAAAGUGGAUGAUUGUAACAUUUGUCACUGCCACAACGGGGACUGGUGGAAACCAGCACAGUGUUCAAAAAGAGAGUGCCAUGGGAAGCAAACCCUAUAGACAUGCUGUGCCUAUGCCAGAUAUGUAAGGGGCUGCCUCUACAUUCAAGUCCAUGGACUAGAUAAACUUUUAAGACUCCAAGCAUAUUGGACAAGAGCAGUACAAAGGAUGACGGCACAAAAAUGGAUACUCCUUAUGUAAAGGUGGUAGACUGUGCUGGAUCUCGCUCAACUAUGUACACAGCAACGAACUUCACACACUGAGCUCUGCAUCGCGUAAUGUCCUCCUCUGGGGACGGCUUCAAAUUUUAUGACAAGGUUUAACCAAACAGAACGCUGAGACUUUCUAGUGUGACACUGUGAGGAAACGUUGGUUCCAUUUCAUCGAUUCCCAACCAGUUCACCUAAAAAUAUUUUCUUUCUUUCGAGUCUGAGGUUACUUCCAGCCAUAGUUUGUUAGCUCUGAAUUAUUCAUAUGGUCUAAAGAAAUUCACAAAACUAGACCACUCCAUAGCCACAGUAAAAUAAAUACAUUGUAUGCCAAAUAACAUGAAAAUGCUAAAUUCUAAUUAUAGUAGGGUGCCCAUGUAAUUGGUUAACCAAAGUAAGGAAGUAGUCUAGACUGUUCGGGGUAAUGCUGAGAUACAUUACAUACAUCAAAAUUACGGUAGGGGAACUUUUGAAUUAGAAACCAUUAUCUAAUUGUAGAUUGUGUUUGUAUUAGGGCAAGGGCUGUAUACCAGUUGACUUCUACUGCACUUGGUGAAUUCUGAAGGCACCAUAGAUAAAUUACCUAAGAAAUGAAUUACAGGGGAGAGCAUACAUCCUACUUAAUGUCUGUUCAUAUUUUAAUCUCGAGCACAAGGUAUGCAUUCGUGCCUGAAUGAACACAACUUGUAUUUGGUAAGCUAUACUCUAUAUUUGCCUACAGCUCAGUACCGCAUCAACAGGGCACUGAGUUCAGGAAAACAGUAGAAUUAUUUGAAACGUUUUUGCAUACGGUAUAUUGUUCUAAAAAAGAAAACAUUGCUUUUGUAGAAUGAUGAUCAGAUUUAUCUCUGGGGAACCGACCACUUUGUCACCGAAGAAUUGGCUUUAAUCAAUGCUUUAGGCCAGCCACUAGUUCCAUCCUUCAUUCACUCUUAUUUUCAUCCAAGAUAUUCUUGAGGAUGACAUUAAUUUUAGGGUACAUAAGCUUCUGAGUACUAGCCACUUACAAUCAGUCCUGGGGUGGCAUUUAUCCUGUGUAUAUAUUUUUUAUAUAUAUCCACACAUCUUUUACUAUACUCUUUUACAAAUGUUAUGUUGAUGUAAGAUCCACUAUAUAGCCGAGUAGCUUGACACUGACCUACCACUAUUGGCGCUAAAAAGGGUUUCCACAAGAACUGGCGAGACUGGGGUGGUACCAUUACCCACCAGUCCCCCUAGUUCGGCACACUCCCAUAUCCUUUACAGGCAGACACUCUUGUCAACCUGAAAAAACCCCAAGCAGCCUUUAGUAUCUAGCGCUUUACUUCAUUUCAACCCUACUCCUACAAACCCGAGGGGCCUCAAGUUUUUCAGAUCUAGUGGAAUCCCUUCCAACAGAUCUGUCUGACCCUCAAAACUUUCUCUCUCUUUUAUCAAAUCAGUGAUGUCAGUUUUGUAGUCAAAAAAAGUUGUGAAUUUUUUACAACAGUUGGUUAAAUUUGCGACAUUUCGUUCCUUGCCACUUUUUACAGUGGUCUAUGUUUAAGAGCUAAAAAUGAGACUAGACCUGGAUUAUGGCUCAUUUACUAUGUAUGACUUCUGCAAAAGUCGCAAACUAAGUGAGGUAACCCCCUGAUGUACUUUUACUUUUAAAGGGGUUGUCCAGGUUCAGAGCUGAACCCAAACAUACCCACAUUUUCACCCAAGCAGCCCCCCUAAUAUGAGCAUCAGAGCAUUUUGAUCUUAAAAAAAUCUUGUCACAUAGCCAAGGUGUAUUUUUAGAAGAACUCAUCCAUUCAUACCAAAAGGUGCAACUAUACCAUGUUCUUCAAGUUAUUUGUUAAGAAUGUCAACAGCAAUGAAGGCCUAUUAUAACGUCAUCCAAAAGGUCUUCUAAACCCUUGAACAACAAAAUUUAGCUGUUUGAUUGCAAUGAAAUUGUGUAACAGUCUAGCUUUGCAACUUUCCACUUUUUGAAGCUUGUUGCCGCUUUUCACUAUUUAAUAUUGAUCAGGGGCUAUGAAAAGGAUAUCUGUGGACGAGGCAAAAAAUCUCACUUAAGGCCCUUUUACACAAGCAGAUUAUUGGGCUGAUUAUCGGGAAUGAAUGUUCGUAUGAGCACUCGUUCCCGAGAACGGUCCUGUUUAUAUGUGCCACUGAUCACUCAAUGAACAAGCCAAUACUCAUUCAUUGGAUGAAAGAAUUGUUAACGUGGCAUCCAAAAUCACUGUUUCUGAGCAGCAGGUCAUCAUGUGUAAACAGGAAUCUACUGCCCAGAAAGAACAAAUCUCUAAGCAAGUAGCUAUAUCACCUCUACUGAUGGGCAGGCAGUAAUCAGGAAUGAACGGUUCAGUCAGUCCAUGUAAAAGUGGCCUUUAAGAUUUAAUAUAGCAACUAUGUUAUUGUAUGGUUUUGAGGGUAGGUUCACACUGAAUAUGUUGGAGGAGGUUUUGAGACAGAUUUUCCUGCAGGUUUUUCACCCAAAGUCAGAAGUGGAUUCAAAAUAUUCAAAAUGAAUUGGAAAUAUAAAGGAAGAACCUAUACUUCUUGCUGGAUCUACUUCUGGCUUUGGCUGAAAAACCUGAAGGCAAAUCUGCCUCAAAACCUCUUCCGAAAAGAAAACCUUGAGUGGAGAUACAUCUGAUUAUUAGUUACUGAAGUUUCAUCCAAAAAAUACUUAUUAACAAAAACAUUGCACAAAGGACUCUUCCUGCCUUGUAUUGAAUUCUAAAAUGUCUGACAACCAUGGCUAUAUCAAGAUUCUAUGGUGACCUGGGCACAUGUGACUAAAGGCCCUUUACAUGGGCCAAGGAUGGGGCAAUUAUCAGGGAAGAGCAUUCAUUCCUGAUGCUUCCUCUGUAAGUGUGCUGCUAAACCCCCGAUGAAUGAGCAAAUAUUCAUUCAUUGAGUGAUCACACCUUUUAUGCGGCAAAUAAAAUCAUUGUUUGCCAGGAGCAGAUUAUCCUGUGUAAACAAGAAUGUGCUGCCAUGAAAGAAUCUCCACUCACGAUUUGUUCAUUCCCAAUAAUUGACUGGGCAUUAGCCCUUGUAAAAAGGCUUGUUCGGAUGCCCUGCCAAAAUUGAAUAGCCAAUUUACAUUGCCUGCUAUAAUUCUGCAAUGUGUUUUUUCAGUGUUGUGGUCAAAUCUCAGUUUGAUGAGAGUUGAGUUAAUAUACUGUAAAGAGAGAGAUAUCUAAAUGUGUCAGUAUAUGACAUUACAAACUAUAGUCAAUAUAUCCCCAUUUGGUCCAUUCACAUGCCCGUAGAAUGGGUCCGGAUCCAGUUCUGCAAUUGUUGCGGAAUGAAUCUGGACGCAUUCAUUCCCUAUGGGGCCGGAAGAGAUGUGGUGUGCUGUCCUCAUCCGAUCUUCCGUUCCGAGGCUCCCCCAAAAAAUUUAACAUGUUCUAUUCUUGUCCGCAAAUGCAGACAAGAAUAGGCAGUGCUAUGGGGGUGCUGGCUGGGUGUAUUGUGGAUCCACAAUACACUACAAACGUGUGAAUGGACCCUUUAGGAAAUAGGCUCACAUAUAAAAAUGGUUGCACUUUGCCCACACAUCAUUUAUGUCCAGUAAUGACAGUUAUAUUAAUGUACAGUCAUUUCUGUCCACACAGAAGUUUGGGCCCACAAAAUGGUGUCAUGCAAAGAUUGGCAAUACAAUGAACACACAGUAGUGAGGGCAAAAAAUGUAGCAGUAUUUACCUAGUAGUGGUCAUAAUGAAUUGUAACGCAUAUAGUAGUAGUACCCAUAUAGCAAUGUUAUUAAUAUGUUAGUGUACGUCACAUAGCAUUGUCCAUGUAGUAUUGCUAACCACAUACUGUAUUAGUGCCUAUAGUUGUGCCUACAAAGCAGUGACAGCUAUAUGUCAGUAGACAAACUCCAGUGCCAAACAUAGUAGUGCCCAAACCGAGGUGCCAACCACAUGGCAGUGCCAAAAUAGUUUUAACCAUAUAGAAGUGCCUAAAUAAUGGUCAUAACCAUAAAGCAGUAUCCAUGUAGCACUUCAGGCAAAUGGUACUUUCCAUGCAGUAAUUUCAAAAGUCUUCAUUUUCUCAUUCUUAUGUGGAGGUAAUGUCUGUCCUUUAUCCAUGGCAUGCAGAUUAUUCUUCGUUAAGUUUAAUAGUCUGGCGAAAAAGCAGCUAAUAUUUUGCAAUCAAAUAUUGUAAUGUGAACAAAAAAUGAUAGGUCAAAUAACUUCAAAGCAAUGUCAAAUGUAUAAAGGUUUGCACAUUUUUACAAAUAUUUGUGAUUGACAAUUGUACGACAUGCUAAAAAACAAUAAUGUGUAAAUCACACCUAAUCAUUUGGGUAAAGAAAUUUGAAAACACCACCAACAGGUAUGCAUCCUAUCACCUGAGCUCUGCUCAGGCUUUGGGAAAAGGAGGUAAAUAGAUAUGUAGGCCUGGUCUAGUUUGAAAGCUGGCAAUAUAAGCUUUAAAAGAAGACCAGGAUCGCAGCAUUAUCCCACUACAUUGGGAGAUACAGCCUUUAGAAAUCAGGUCAGCAGUGAUGGCAGCUUAAAACUUCAUUCACUUCUGACCACAUUUUUAAAGUCUAUAUCUCCCUACCUCCCUACUAUAUCUCUAGCUGCUACAGAGCCCCAGAUAUGAAGGGUUAAAGCAGCCCUCCUCACUUUCAGCUGGCUGAGAUUUCAACCAGCUGAAGCAUGAGGAAAGAAGGGGGGCAUAUGGAAGUUGACAAGUUGCAAGGAGGAGAGAAAAUAUACCCUCUCGCAAGACCCUCUACUCCAUCAAUCAGAAAGCAAAUUUGCUCUCUGUCACAUACGGGGGUCUUUUUUUAUCCAGUAAAGGAGUAAAAAGAUGAGAACUUGCUCAUCUAAUCACCCCUAUGCCCCAAAUUAAGCUAUUUAUUGAUGCCAUGACCCAGAUGUUUACUAGCAUCCAGAUCAUGGCAUCAAAUAAUUCAAACCAAACACUUGUACCCUAUGCACACAAACAUCAAUAAAGUUUCCAUUUUGCACUGCCACUCCUGUCCAUAUCCCUUCAUUAUCACACAACAUGCCUACCACCUCUCUAAUGAUACCCAUUACACUCUACAGUUACAGUAGAUGGAUACAUACGCCUAUGCUACUUGGAUCUCAACUUCCCAGUGUCAAUGGGCUGCAACAAGAGCAUGCCUAUGAAAGGUCAUGUAAAGCCGUCGCCUUGUCUAUACAGAGAUGUUCCAUA